CCUCUUGCGGGCUUAUUUUUUUAUUAGCUAGCUGCUAUAGUUGCAGUAGCUAGCUCACUCAUUCGAAGGUCAAUGACAAAGAUGAUCUAUUAUAUUGACAAGAUAGUCGAGUGACGGCUGUAACAAUGGAAAUAUGUCCACAAAGAUGGAAGGUAGGCGAGAUCAGGUGGGACCAUUCCAGCCAAUUAGAGAGCUCCGAUUUAAAGUCGUUUUUUUUGCCAAAAUGCCACGUGCGUUCACUGUCAGUGCAUUCGUAACAACAUAACCAUUACAUAACUUCUAUCAGAUCAAAUAAGCCUCAAGUAGGAAAUUAGCGAUUACAUUUUUUUUGUUAGACAAAUUCGACACUGACUCCCAUACAAAAAAAAAUACCUCGUGGUCUUUCGUGGACAGAUUUUGAGCGGCGUCAACACUCUCGCUUCGCCUUCUCUGACGUUCAUUCAUGUAGCUCGAGCUGUAGCAACAACGUUAUAAGCGAAGCAGCAAGAAAUGGACAAAAACGUGCGCAAGCUUCGAAGUAAAGAUAUAAACCCAUGCAUUGAAGAAAGUGAUGGCUCUCAGAAAUGUUUGGAUGCCAAUAACUAUGAUAAGAACAUGUGUUCUGCAUAUUUUCUGAGAUACAAAAACUGCAGAAAAUACUGGCACAACAUCAUGGUGAAUAGGAGACGAGAUGGCGUGAAGCCUGACAUGCCCACUGCAGAGGAGCGCCAAGAGAUACUAGCUGCCAUUGGAGGCAAGCCCUAUUGAGGCAGUGGCAAGACCAGCAGAAGGAAACACUGGAGUAGGGUGUAGACCAUACUUUCCAGUAAAGUUCUGGGACAGACACCUUCUUUAUGAAGGUCUGAGAGUUCCUUCACACACCUCACCAUUAUGAUGCUGACCGUGUCCCAAGAGGUGCCUCUGCCGCACUGUGUGCUUGCUUGCCACUAAAGGUUGAUGGUGGCGUUGAAACCUGUGUCAAAUACCGAUGUCAAUGAUCAAAUCACUACAGUAUGCUGAAAUCUGGCAAUGAAUGUGCAUAGCUGGUUAGUAUGAGUUGAGCUAUAUAGAAAAGCACUUCAAGAUGCAAGUUUCCUUGAUGAAUCAAGUGUUUUAAGUCUUUAAAGAAAGAACUGGAAAGACUAUGGACUUACUCAACUUUAUUUGCAAGCCUUGCCAGCAUCUCUGAAAAUAAACUGAGUGUGUAUUUGUAAAAAGUUAUUUAUUUGGUAUACUUUUUUCACAAUCUCGUAACAGUAUUUUUUGGAACAAUGUUGUCGAUUUUUACAACAGUCCACAAGACAACUCUGGCCUUUUUGCAAAACAGUAAAUGUAAUUGCUUUCUUAAUACAUUCUUAACUAUGAUACAGUCAAUUACAUGUAUUUUAAAAAAGAGGACUGCCUGCAAAGACAUUAAUGCAACCAUAUUUAUCUCUGGAGUACAAGCAGACAAAACAGAAAGUUAGUCUUUAUUUGCAGUCACUAAGUCAUGAUUAAAAUUGGUACUAGCCUACAACCAUUGAAAGGUGCAGAAUUAUGUGUGAUUACUCCUUUUAUGCAUAUUUCAUACACAUUAAAUGUUUUUAAAAUAA